AUGAUUAUUGUUCUUCUCCUUGAAUUGCUACGUGUAACCUUCUUAAGGUUUUUUUGUUACUUCAUUAACAUUGAUCGAUCAGCAAUGAAACGACAUCACGAAGAUAAUCCUUAUUCAUUGACUGAUAAUGGUGGUGGCGGUGUGACAAGUCAUUCAAUGCCGAAACGAAUAGCAACAAGACAUAAUUCUCCAUCAGAUGCAUCAAAUACUGUUACUAUAUCGGGCAAUUAUUCUCCACCAAGUUCAACUAGUUCUGAUUCAUCAUCUUCAACUAAUUCGAUAUCUUCAUUGAAUUCUCUUCAUUCUCAAUUAUGCACAUGUCCAAAUAUAGAUUGUGUUAUUCAUGAUCGUCGACGUUCAACAAAUCUUCCUGUAGAAUUAACAUCAAUUUCGAAUCCCACUUAUGCAAAUAAUAAUUUAUUGCUUUAUUAUGCACAUCUAGAACGAUGUCGUCGACAUGGUCAAAAUAUUCAUCAAGAUACACAUUCGUCUUAA